AUGAAUGAGUGGAGGGACCGAGGCGAGGGUCAUGGAUCUACGGCUGAUUGGUCGACCUAUAAUCCUGAAGAUGCUCCUAAUUAUACUUCUGCCAAUUUCGUCGUGAACUAUCGGAGCGGGACAACUACCAAUGACGACCUUGCUGGUUUUGCUGCUAGCCCUCAUCGUCUAAAGUCUAUGCCUGAGGGUGUUGAACGAUUGAUGCUAGAUGCUGAUCCCCUUGGUAAAGGCUCCAACAAGCGUGCUCGCCACACUAAUGACCCAUACUGGGACCGGGUUCCACUACUUGUUCGCGACCAAAUUUUGCAUAGUAGCUUCCCUCCUCCUCAAUUUCCUACGGAGCCUUAUCCAUUCUGGGUGAUUAACGAUGAUAGGGUUAAGCCUCAGGGCGAGUCUACCAAAUCGGCUUCUAUUUCCAAGAAGAGGAGUGCUGGCACAGGGGUCGAGGAGGAUCAGGGGAAGAAAUUCCCUAGGCGCGAGGAUGAAGAUGUUGGAGGGUCUGAUACUCGUGGUAGUGAAAGUAUGGUUCCAAGGCAUAAUCCUCCCCGGGGGAAGUUUGCGGCAAAGCGCGUGGUGUUGAAAAGCUCGGACGUUGUGAUCGAUAUCCCCGAUCAAGAUGAUGAGGACGAUAUAUUCGGGGACGAUCAGCUGUUUGAUGAGGAUGCUGGUGGCCAGAAGGAAGCGGAGGUUUAUGUGGAGACUGCUGUUAUGACUCCUGUCGUGCAUUCUGGUGAUCAGAGGCCGACCCAAACAUCACUCCAAAAGUUUCCCCAGAAGGAUGUUGGGUCUCCCUCGGGUGUCCAAACGUCCUUUACCAUAUCGGGCCCUAUUUGUGAUUCACUCGGCGCAUUGCAAUCUGAGGAGUUCGGCUCCUAUACUGAUGAGAAGAUGAUUGCUGCCGUGCCCUGUAUCGUGAUAUCGCGCCGGUCUUUGAUAAUUUGUUAA